AUGGACCCUUCGGAGAAGAAGAUAUCGGUGUGGAUCUGCCAGGAAGAGAAGUUGGUGUCCGGGCUCUCUCGUCGCACCACUUGCUCAGACGUGGUGCGAGUGCUGUUGGAAGACGGCUGGCGGCGGCGACGGAAGCAGCGGCGGGGCCGGCGGCGGGGGGCGGCCAGUGACCCGCCAGGCCCGGGGGAGCUGCCGGAACCCCUGGAUGAGGACGACGAGGACGACGAGGACGUGCUGCCGCCGGGCUUGCUCUGCGGUCCUCCGCAGUGCUACUGCAUCGUAGAGAAAUGGCGCGGCUUUGAGCGCAUCCUGCCCAACAAGACGCGCAUCUUGGGCCUCUGGGCCGCCUGGGGCGACGAGCAGGAGAAUGUGCGCUUCGUCCUGGUGCGCAGCGAGGCAUCGCUGCCCAACGCGGGUCCGCGCAGCGCCGAGGCGCGCGUGGUGCUCAGCCGCGAGCGCCCCUGCUCGGCCCGGGGCGCCCCGGCGCGGCCCAGCCUGGCCCUGACCCAGGAGAAGCAGCGGCGGGUGGUGCGCAAGGCUUUCCGCAAGCUGGCCAAGCUCAACCGCCGUCGCCAGCAGCAGCCGGCGUCACCCUGUUCGUCCACUUCAUCGUCCACCGCCUCGUCCUGCUCGUCGUCGCCGCGGGCCGCUGACAGCGUGUCGGUGGAGCGUAUGGAGACGCUGGUGCAUCUGGUGCUUUCCCAGGACCACACCAUCCGCCAGCAGGUGCAGCGGCUCAGGGAGCUGGACCGCGAAAUCGAUCGCUACGAAGCCAAGGUGCACCUGGACCGCAUGCGGCGGCACGGAGUCAACUAUGUGCAGGACACGUACUUGCUGGACGCAGGCAUCGAGCUCGACGGGCCCAGCCCGAGAGAGGAGCCCGAGCCCGAGGCGGUGGCUAUGGCGGCGGCGGCGCCCCCCCUGGACGGCCAGGUGCAGGCAGUGGCGCUGGAGGAGCUGGCCCAGCGCUGUGAUGACCUAUUGAAGCUGCAGGAGCAGCGGGCCCAGCAGGAGGAGUUGCUGGAGCGCCUCUCGGCCGAGAUUCAGGAGGAGCUGAACCAGAGGUGGAUGCGCCGGCGCCAGGAGGAGCUCGCGGCGCGGGAGGAGUCCCCGGAGCCCGAUGGCAGCCUGGACGGCGAGCUGCUGCUGGAGCAGGAGCGAGUCAGGACGCAGCUCAGCACCAGCCUCUACAUCGGGCUCCGGCUCAACACGGACCUGGAGGCCCUCAAGUCGGACUUGGAUUACAGCCAGCAGCAGUGGGACAGCAAGGAGCGCGAGCUGCAGGGCCUCCUCCAGACUUUGCACACGUUGGAGUUGACGGUAGCACCUGAUGGGACUACGGGCUCUGGUGGACCCUCGCGGGAAUCCCGGCCUCAGCCCGGCGCUGAGGUGUGGGUGGACCAGGCCCGCGGACUGGCCAAAAGCUGUCCUGGCAACGACGAGGACUCGGACACGGGGCUGAGCUCCAUGCACAGCCAGGACUCAGACUCGGUGCCCGUGUGCGAAUCUCUUGUAUAGGAGGAGGGGUCAGGAGGGACACGUAUGCUUUCUUCCCCUUUCCUGUAGCAAGCCCUGGCCUGGCCGGCCCGGGAGGUGAAACCAGGCUGGGGGUGGGCCCGGAGCUCCUGCGGGGCAGCAGGCCUCCGACUGGGCCGCGAAGGGCUCCGGAGGGCUGCCUGGUAGCGGCCUCCUGUGGCUGGGGGUGAGUGUGGAGGAGGGUGCAGGACCAGUGCCUCCAGUCCAAGCUCUUUCAGGGAAAGGGAGGGAGGGAGAGAGGGAGGAGGUGAGAACCCCUCAUGCUGGAAAACAAACACCCCAGGGAAACUGACGUGGUCCAAGCCCAUUUGCAAAAACAGAAAAAGGGGUGUUGUGGACAUUUCACCACUCUUCUGCAUGGGAAGGACUGAUGGCAGCUAGAAUUUUAGGUUGUAGCAUAAAGUGCUUUUAAAAGAAACACUUGGAUGAAAAGGAAAUUCCUUGAAUGUUAAUUGUGACUGUGAACGUGUUAAAACUAGCCAAAGAGGACACACUGGUGUUGGUCUCAGCCGUACUUAACAUCUUUUACAAAACCCAUAGGCACUAAAAUCCGGGCUGUUUACAUUUCUGCAGAUCUGGGAAUUAUCCAUCCGCUAAGCUGUUUGCCUGUUAUUUUCUUUCAAAGACUAAAUUGUACCGAAGUCUAACCCCGUAUUUCCUCCUAGUAAAUACAGUAUUUGUUAAAAUGGGA